AUGAGCUCGCCCGAGGCGCUCUGCGCCUACGAGCAGGAGCGGAACGAGAACAUCGCGCGGAACCACGCGUUCCUCGAGUCCAUCGGCCUCGCGCAGCCGCGCGCGCCGCCGGCGCCCGCGGCGCCCGCGGCGCCGGCGGGCGCCGCGGCGCCGGCCGACGCGGCGUUCGACGUCGACGCCGUGCUCGCGGCCCUGGGCCGCGCCUGGCCCGGCCGGCGCCGCGAGCUCGCGGCGCUCGCCGGCGCGCUGCUCGCGCCGGGCGACGGCCCCGUCGUCGUCGCCGGCCCUCCCGGCGGCGGGAAGACGUCCGUCGUCGCCGCGGCCGUCGCGGGCCUCCGGCUGCCGAGCGCGUGGGUCGACGGCGGCGCCCUGGCGGCGGCCGGCGGCGCGUCGGCGCCGCGCCUCUUCGACGCCGCCGCGCGGAGCCUCCGCGAGCGCCGCGGCGACCCCGCGCCCGCGGCCGAACGCGCGUGCCGCGACGCCGCGGCCUUCGCGCGCCGCGUCGACGACCUCGCGCGCGACGGCCCGGCCUGGGACGGCGGCCGCGGCCUGUGCGUCGUCGUCGUGGACGCCUGCGAGCGGCUCCUGCCGCCCUACCGCUGCGGCGCGGCGGCCGGCGACGAGCCCGCGGGCGCGGCCGCCGCGCAGCUGUUCGCGGCCGCGCGGCUCUGCGCGUCCACGGACUGCCGCGUCGUCUUGAUCGGCGACGACCGGCGCCUCGCGGCGGCGGCGGGGCCGCGGCUCCGGGACCCGGUCCGCGUCGACUUCCCGCCCUACGGCCCCGCGGCCGUCGCGGCCGCCGUCGCCGCCGCGGGCGAAAGGCGGGGCGCGCUCGCCUUCGGGGGCGGCGACCGCGCGGUCUACGGCGCCUUCUGCGCCGCCGUCGCCGCCGUCGCGAAGCGCGCGACGAGCGGCGUCGGCGAGCUCCUCGUCCUCGCGUCGUCCCGGAAGCUCUGGGAGGCCUACGCGGCCGCGCACGCGGCGGGCGGCGCGGCCGCGGCCUACGGCGCCGUGCUCCCGGCGCUCCGCGCGGCCCUGCCGCGGCUCCGGGACGCGGAGCUCGACGUCGACGCGCUCGUCGACGCCGGCGGCCGGCCGCCGCCGCCGCCGCCGCCGCCGGACCUGCCGCGCGGCGACGCGCUCCUCCUCCUCGCGGCCUACGUCUGCUCGCGGAGCCCCCGGGACCGCGACGCCGAGCUCUUCGCCCACGGCGCCGCGCGCCGCGGGCCCCGGAAGCGGCCGCGCGACGCGACGCGGCUCCCCGUCGACGGGCCCGCGGCCGUGCCGCUCGACCGGCUCCUCGGCGUCCACGCGUACCUCGCCGCGGAGCACCUCGGCGCCGAGCCGGACCUCCGCGACCCCCACCUCCUCCGCUCCCUCGCGCGCCUCGCGGACCUCCGGCUCCUCGAGCGCGCCUCGCCCUUCGACGACCUCGCGCACCCAAAGUUCACGUGCCUCCUCGACGCGGAGCCCGCGCACGACCUCGCCGACACGAUCCGCCUCCCCCUCGGGCGCUACAUCGCGCAGUAA